UGACACACGUAGAUAUAAAUACGAAUGCACGUUGCCUCAAAGGCGAGUAUUACCAUCAUUUUGAAGAUAUGUACUUUAAACUAGUUCUGGCUUCUGUUGUCUUCCUGUGUAUAGGUUUUGCCUCAGGUUUUACCAAAAACACUUGCUUCCAAUGCUUUGGUACGACCGAUAUGUACCCUCAACACAUUGACAACUGUCGUAAGUUUAUUAAUAUUACCGAAACUUCCGUUUGUUCGCCACCUGGCUAUUGCCUAUUUUAUGUUUCAACUUAUCAGCAACACCAGCAGCAGAUUACUAAAGUGGCGAGAGUCUGUGAUUCACAUGAUUGUGAUUUCUUCAAGAAAGGAAAAGAAAAAUUCUUACACUGUUCGCAGUGCGAAGGCAACUAUUGCAAUACUGACACCUAUUGAUCAAUAAGACCACGCCUCUAUAAGGAUUGCAAACAUUUCUCUGCGCACUACUAUCACUAAUUAUGCUAUUGUUCUUUAAUAUGUUCGUUCAUUUCAAUGACAUUAUCCUCUAAACUACAAAAUGUAAUAAUUCUGUUAGAAAUAAGAUUAUCGAUAGACAGAUCAGUAUACCUGUCACAAGAAGCAACC